AGCUCCUUCUGUAGGGGGGACUGUGCGCAGACUUGUGCUUACCAAUUAACUUGCGAGAGAAGAAAAUUCACUCACAAGAAAAGAAAUCACAUUUCUUAUCGCCUUUUUGUUUCGCAUGUAGGCAGCGACACUGAACACUUGAGCAAAGCUGACGGUGAACCCGUUAGCAGCGAGACGCAGGAGCUGCCACGAAUAGAUCCAGUAUCCACGACCCCGGUCGGCUGACCGGGAUAGGACCUCGUGUUCCUCUUGCAGUGGACUCGUAUCUUUUUUUCCCCCCUUCUUUUACUCCUUGGGCUGGUUCUAACUCCUGUUUUGUGGCUGUUAAUUACAUGAAGUGGAUUGUUGUGCUUCCUACAAACUCAAUACGGGACUAAACGUGGUAGAGAGACGGAGAGAAAUGCCAACGGCGGUGACAAAGAGGAGAUUCAGUGUUAGUCUUUGAUCCUGUCAGAGUGGGACGUGUCUAGCAGGGGACUGAGGAGGGAGCAGUGCCAACUUGGAACAUGGUGCCUAAUAUUCACCUGGCAGGGCCCCUCCUGCCCAGAGGGGCGUUGCUGUUCCUACUUCUACUCAGCUGCAUGGUCUUCUUUUCUCUAGCAGACAGCUUGCCAAGUUUCAUCAAAUCCCCUGAGGAUCAGACGGGCAUCUCAGGUGGAGUUGCAUCGUUUGUGUGCCAGGCCACAGGGGAGCCAAAACCAAGAAUCACCUGGAUGAAGAAAGGCAAGAAAGUCAGCUCCCAGCGCUUUGAGGUGAUUGAAUUUGACGACGGUUCGGGCUCCGUACUGCGGAUCCAGCCGCUGCGCACACACAGAGACGAAGCCAUUUACGAGUGCACGGCCACUAACAGUGCCGGCGAGAUCAACACCAGUGCCAAGCUUACAGUGCUUGAAGAGAACCAGGUCCCUCAUGGCUUUCCCACCAUUGAUAUGGGCCCCCAGCUAAAGGUGGUUGAAAAGACCAGAACUGCUACAAUGUUGUGUGCUGCCAGUGGAAACCCAGACCCAGAGAUCUCAUGGUUUAAGGACAUGCUUCCUGUGGAUAUCAGCAGCAGCAACGGGCGCAUCAAGCAACUUCGCUCAGGUGGUACACCAAUUAGAGGAGCUCUGCAAAUUGAGAACAGCGAGGAGUCGGACCAGGGGAAAUAUGAAUGUGUCGCCAUGAACAGUGCCGGGACCCGUUACUCUGCUCCUGCCAAUCUCUACGUACGAGUACGAAGAGUCCCACCCAGAUUCUCCAUUCCACCCACCAAUCAAGAGGUGAUGCCAGGCGGCAGUGUCAACCUGACGUGUGUGGCAGUGGGCUCACCAAUGCCCUAUGUCAAGUGGGCCACGGGCCUGGUGGAGCUGACCAAGGAAGAAGAGAUGCCAUUGGGACGCAAUGUGCUGGAAGUCACUAACAUUCGCGAAUCGGCUAACUACACGUGUGUGGCCAUCUCUUCUCUGGGCAUGAUUGAAGCCACUGCUCAGGUUACUGUCAAAGCCUUACCAAAACCCCCCAUCUCACUCAGGGUGACUGAAACCACAGCUACCAGUGUAACUCUCACAUGGGACUCUGGAAACCCAGAACCUGUCUCCUACUACAUGAUCCAAUACAGAGCCAAAUCCCCUGACAAUGGCUUCCAGGAAGUUGAAGGUGUGGCUACCACGCGUUACAGCAUUGGCGGGCUUAGCCCGUACUCUGAGUAUGAGUUUUGUGUCAUGGCUGUUAACAACAUUGGCCGCGGGCCUUCCAGCGACCUUGUGGAGACGCGCACCGGUGAACAGGCCCCCUCCUCGCCGCCUCUACAUGUUCAAGCACGCAUGCUGAGCGCCAGCACAAUGCUGGUUCAGUGGGAGCCACCCGAGGAACCCAAUGGGCAAAUCAGGGGCUACCGAGUCUACUACAGCUCUGACAUGACAGCUCCACUCAGUGCUUGGCAGAAACAUAACACAGAUGAUAGCAGCCUAACUACCAUCUCAGGGCUGACUCCUGAUAUCACCUAUAGCCUCAGGGUGCUGGGUUUCACUUCUGUUGGUGACGGGCCACCAUCUGACAUCCUGCAAGUCAAGACCCAGCAGGGAGUUCCUGCCCAGCCGUCCAGCUUUGAGGCUGAAGCCGAGCUGGACACGCGCAUCGUACUGACAUGGCUGUGGCCUGUACAGGACCCCAUCACUAAGUAUGAGCUGCAGUACUGGGAGGCUGGCUCAGACAACAAGAUACACGUGACCUUCAACCCUGCAGGCUCCUAUGCUGUAGGUGGCUUAAAGCCAGACACUUUGUAUCGUUUUUCCUUGGCCGCCCGUUCUGAAAUGGGUUUGGGUGUCUACACCCAGCCCAUUGAGGCCCGCACUGCCCAGUCCACCCCAUCCGCCCCGCCUCAGGAUGUACACCUGGUUAGCCUAAGCUCCACCAGCCUCAAGGUGAGUUGGGUGGCACCGCCUGCCGCUAGUCGCCACGGUGCCAUAGUGCGUUACACAGUCAGCUACCAGGCCCUGGCUGGAGAAGACACGGAGAAGCACGAGGUGACUGGCAUUGGUGCAGACGCCACCAGCCAUGUGCUGGAGGGCCUGGAGAAGUGGACUGAGUAUCAAGUGUGGGUGAGGGCACACACUGAUGUGGGCCCAGGUCCUGAGAGUGCCCCAGUGAGGAUGAGAACCAAAGAGGAUGUGCCCGGAGCACCCCCCAGGAAACUGGAGGUUGAGGCCAUAAAUUCCACAGCCAUCCGAGUCACCUGGAAGCCACCCCUGCAGGGGAAGCAGCACGGCCAAAUCCGAGGCUACCAGGUCAUCUUCUCCCGCCUUGAAAACGGCGAACCGCGAGGCCAGCCUAACAUUAUGGAUGUUGCUUUGCCAGAGGCACAGUGGAAUAUUGAGGAAUCCACCGAGCAUGAGGCCAUAAUUGGCGGACUGCAGUCUGAAACCACCUACUCUGUGACUGUAGCAGCAUACACCACAAAGGGUGAUGGUGCGCGUAGCAAAGCUAAAGUCAUCACCACAACUGGAGCAGUGCCAGGCAAACCCACUAUGAUAAUCAGCACUACCACGGGCAACACAGCACUCAUCCAAUGGCAGCCCCCCAAGGACAUGGUGGGUGAGCUGAUGGGCUACCAGCUGCAGUACAAGCGCACCGACGAGGACACCUACACCUCACGCGAGCUGAGAAAGACUGACGACCACUAUACUGUCACUGGUCUGCACAAAGGCGCAACCUAUGUUUUCCGCCUCAGCGCACGAAACCGUGCGGGCAUCGGCGAGGCUUACCUAAAGGAGAUCAGCACCCCUGAAGACAUACCCUCAGGCUUCCCGUACAACCUACAAGUUACAGGACUGACGCAGUCCAGUACCCAGCUGACCUGGGAGCCCCCGUUGCUGGCAGAAAGAAAUGGCAAGAUCAUACAUUACUUGGUGGUAUACAGGGAUAUCAACAGUCAGACGAACAGCACCAACCGCACGACCGAAACUCACAUGACUAUCCAGGACCUUAAACCUGACACCACCUAUGACAUCCGGGUGCAGGCGUUUACCAGUAAGGGUGGCGGACCCCUCAGCCCCAGCAUCCAGAGCAGGACCAUGUCGAAUGCUUUCCCCACCCUGAACUUUGGUGUCAAAGCUGUCAUGAAAACAUCCGUCUUGCUGACCUGGGAUUUGCCGCCAAAUUAUAAAUCUCAAGCACCCUUUAAGAUCUUGUAUAACCAGCAAAGCGUGGAAGUGAUGGGGAACCUGAAGAGGAAGCUGAUCACGCAGCUGCAGCCAGACACCGACUACUCUUUUGUACUGACAAGCAGGGGCAACAUUGCUGGAGGUCUUCAGCAGCAGGUGUCCAUCCGCACUGCCCCUGACCUGAUCCAAACCAAGCCCAGGACACAUCACGCUCAAGGUGGCAAGAUGAACAUCACCCUGCCAAAGAUCCAGACCACCACACGUGUCAUGUGGUACUACAUCGUUGUGGUGCCUGUGUCCCAGGCAACACGCAAGUGGAAGAAUCCAGAUGAGAUGGACGUGGACGAGCUGCUCAAAUCAAGCGAAAGUCCUGUCCUAAGACGCCGACGUCACUUGGAUUCCUCCAAGCCUUACAUUGCUGCCAAGCUGGCUUCACUUCCAACCACCUUUAUGCUGGGUGAUGAGAAAAGGUACAACGGCUUCUACAACAAGCCCCUGACCAGCUCACAGCAAUAUCUCUGCUUUGUCUUGGCUGCACUUCAAUCUGAAGGGACUGACAACACUGCUCAUUAUAUGACAUUUUCAGCAAGUCCCUACUCAGAUCCAAUCGAGGUCACUUCAAGUAUGGCUCAGGGGAUGGAGCAGUCUGAAAUGUUGUGGGUCAUGGGCCCGGUGUUGGCUGUGCUGCUCAUCAUCAGCAUUGUCAUCGCCAUCCUCAUCUUUAAGAACAAGCAGGAAAGGAAGCGUGCAUCACCCUUACCUAAAGAUGAGCACUCGGGUGGUGUGAAAGACUGCCUACUCGCCAACUCUUCUGACCCUGUAGAGAUGAGAAGACUCAACUACCAGACCCCAGGUCCCAGCUCUCAUCGCUGCCCCAACACUCCAAGAAUGAGGGAGCACCCACCCAUUCCUGUCGCUGACCUGGCUGACCACAUAGAGCGACUUAAGGCCAAUGAUGGCCUCCGCUUUUCCCAAGAGUAUGAGUCCAUUGAUCCAGGCCAGCAGUUUACUUGGGAAAACUCAAACAUGGAAGUAAACAAGCCAAAGAAUCGCUAUGCAAACGUAAUCGCCUAUGAUCACUCCAGAGUGGUGCUCACCUCUGUUGAUGCCGUUCCUGGAAGUGACUACAUUAAUGCCAACUACAUCGACGGCUACAGGAAGCAGAAUGCCUACAUUGCUACUCAGGGGCCUCUGCCAGAGACACUGAGUGAUUUCUGGAGGAUGGUGUGGGAGCAGAGAUCCAGCACCAUUGUCAUGAUGACCAGACUGGAGGAAAAGUCAAGGGUGAAGUGUGACCAGUAUUGGCCAUCACGAGGAACGGAGACCUACGGGAUGAUCCAGGUCACCAUGUUGGACACUGUAGAGUUGGCAACUUACAGUGUUCGUACUUUUGCCCUUUACAAGAAUGGCUCCAGUGAGAAGAGAGAGGUGAGACAGUUCCAGUUUAUGGCCUGGCCAGACCACGGGGUGCCCGAGUAUCCCACGCCCAUUCUGGCCUUCCUUCGGCGGGUAAAGGCCUGCAAUCCUCCAGACGCAGGGCCCAUGGUGGUCCACUGCAGCGCGGGUGUGGGCAGGACCGGCUGCUUCAUUGUGAUUGAUGCCAUGUUGGAGCGCAUGAAGCACGAGAAGUCUGUAGACAUAUACGGCCAUGUGACGUGCAUGCGCGCCCAGAGGAACUAUAUGGUCCAGACCGAGGACCAGUACAUCUUUAUCCAUGAAGCCCUACUGGAAGCCGCCACCUGCGGCAACACCGAGGUGCCAGCACGCAACCUUUACGCCCACAUCCAGAAACUCACCCAGCCCCCGCCCGGAGAGACAGUCACUGCUAUGGAGCUGGAGUUCAAGAGACUGGCCAACUCCAAAGCCCACACGUCACGCUUUAUCAGCGCCAACUUGCCCUGCAACAAGUUCAAGAACCGCCUGGUGAACAUUAUGCCUUUUGAGUCCACGCGUGUCUGCCUGCAGCCCAUCCGAGGUGUCGAGGGCUCCGACUACAUCAACGCCAGCUGCAUUGAUGGCUACAGACAGCAGAAAGCCUACCUGGCCACGCAGGGCCCACUGGCUGAAACCACUGAAGACUUCUGGAGGAUGCUGUGGGAGCACAACUCCACCAUUGUUGUCAUGCUGACCAAGCUACGAGAGAUGGGACGGGAGAAGUGCCAUCAGUACUGGCCAGCAGAGCGUUCAGCCAGGUACCAGUACUUUGUGGUGGAUCCAAUGGCUGAGUACAACAUGCCUCAGUACAUCCUCAGAGAGUUCAAAGUCACAGAUGCCAGGGAUGGACAGUCCAGAACAAUCCGCCAGUUCCAGUUUACCGACUGGCCAGAGCAAGGAGUGCCAAAAACUGGAGAAGGCUUCAUUGAUUUCAUUGGACAAGUGCACAAAACCAAGGAACAGUUUGGACAGGAUGGACCAAUCACUGUACACUGCAGUGCUGGGGUGGGGAGGACCGGAGUCUUCAUCACCCUCAGCAUCGUGCUAGAGAGGAUGAGGUAUGAAGGUGUGGUUGACCUCUUCCAGACAGUAAAGACGCUUCGCACCCAGCGGCCUGCCAUGGUGCAGACUGAGGACCAGUACCAGUUGUGCUACAGGGCAGCACUGGAGUACCUGGGGAGCUUUGACCACUAUGCAACGUAACCACUCCCACCGAGCAGCUUCCCCGGUCAGACCUCUCAGGAGUGUGCCAAGUGUCUCAUCUCAGCCGCCAUCCACUCACUUGACCCCCCCCCCCAAAAAACCCUGACCCCUCGCAGCUACCGGAGGGGUGGAGAAAGGGAUGAGUUUGCAAACCUGUUGACAGUUUUUAACCAAUCACAGAGAUACAUGCCGAGUUAACCAACCACCUGAGAUGUUUGCUUUAAAAAUAAUAAGAAAACAUUACAGUGACUAUUGACAACUAUGACAACUCUUGUACAGACCC